AUGACAAGGAGCGAAAAAGAGAAGAUGCUUAUAGGUGAGCCAUACUUAUGUAUGGAUCCUGAACUCGUAGAAGAAAGACUCAAAGCACGUCAAUUGGUUUACGAUUUCAACCAGUCCAAACCAGAAGAUGAAGAGCUUAGAAAACGGAUUCUAGAUCAGUUAUUGGGAAAGCACUACAACGCCUUUAUUGAACCAAACUUUCGUUGUGAUUAUGGAUCUAACAUCACUGUCGGAAAGAACUUCUACGCCAAUUUCGAUUGCAUUAUGUUAGACGUUUGUAAAAUUGAAAUUGGUGAUGAUGUUCUGCUGGGACCUGGUGUACAUAUAUACACAGCGUCACAUGCUCUGGAUCCUAUUGAACGCUCGAAAGGCGUGGAGUUUGGUAUCCCAGUUAAAAUUGGAAAUAGAGUCUGGAUUGGUGGAAACGUGACAAUCUUGCCUGGUGUUACAAUUGGUGACAAUGCUGUUAUUGGAUCUGGAAGUGUGAUCACUAAAGACGUUGAUGCUAAUGUCGUUGUGGCAGGUAACCCUGCAAAAUUUAUCAAACACAUCGAAUUGAACAAGAAAUAA